AUGACGUGAGUACCCAACCCAAACGGCCCCUUCAAUGACGAGUUCCAUUCUCUGACUCGUCUACGCCCCCAAUUACACAGAUCACUCGACCCAUCCCACUUCCCGUCCUCUUCGUCCUCGCACGAUGACGCUCGUCUUCGCGGCCAAGCCGUACAUCAAUCCGUUUCCGUUUCCGUCGAACCCGAAAUCUCGUCCUCAUACCAUCCUCAUCAUCAGCAACAGAGGAACUCCUCGGGAUACGUCGCCGCCGCUUCUUCUUCUUCUUCUUCUUCUGAACCUUCAUGGAAAGGUGCAUGGGCACGUCGACAAGCGCUCAAAAAGGCUCAACAACUUGAGCGAGAACGAAACUUUCAAAACGAUGGGGAUGUUGAUCAGACGACGAAAGAAAGUUUCGAUCGAUCUUCUUUUUUGGAGAAGGUUGGUUUUUCGAAUGAGGAGAAAAGGAAGGUUAGGGAUCAUCAUCAUCAUCAGAGGAUACAGGUUCCUCCUAUUCCGGAUUUGAGGUACGAACAAGGGAUCCUCAUGUCCAUAAGACCUUUCUUACAUCGUCUUCAACCUACCACAUCAACUACCGUCAUCGCUUCGAAUGAGGAAACCAUUCUCGGCGACGAGAAUAUCAACCCCCUUCCCUCGCAUCAAGAACGACAUGAAGAACGUAAAGAGGUGGAGGAAAAAACGGCGAUGGUCUCGAGCGCUUUAACGGCUGAAGCUGCUAGGGAUGGGUUGAAGCAAGGGGAACAGACCGAUUUGUUGGCCGGUCCGUUGAGGUUCGAAUGGGGGAAGAUAGUGUAUGUGAUUUUUAGGGAUCAGGUCAGUUUUCCGGGGGGGGGGGGAGUGGAAAAACCCUUUAGCGCGCGAUAAGGGGCUUGAGCGCGAUCAGGUGACUGAUGUGCUUCAUCUUGUUUUUUUGAUGGGCAGUUCAUCUACCCUCUACUUCAAGGUUUGGUCUGGGGCGUAGGCGGGCUAUGGAUCGCGUCGUUGUGGGACUGGAACAAGAGUCGAUUGGACGCGAGUGCGGGGGCGGCGGGCGCGACGAAAGGAACGGCGAAGAAAGGUGUUUCACCUGUUUCGAACUGGUUGGCCAGAUUUGGUCUCAAGGCGAGGUCGUGA